AUUAUUCUUCUAUUAACUCUCUUAAUUCUUCUUAAACCCUUAAAUUUUUUUGUUUGUAACAUUCUUAAACCCUUAAAUUACUUUUCUUUAUUUCUAAAACCCAUUUUUUUAAAAUUGAACACAACUGAGUUUCUUGAAAAAUUAUGUCGGAAGAGUUCGACGAAUCUGAGAUUAUUUUCUCUGAUAAUUACUUCCCGAUUCGCCGGAGAGAAGACGGCAAUGAGAAAGAGAAUCUUCCGGUGAGUUUCCGGGAUAACUCUGAGGUAAUGAGGAGCAUUAACAACAAGUCAAGAAUAAGGAGCAAAACGACGCCGUUGCCGUCGCCGUAUUCGAGUUCGGUUCCGGUGAAUAUACCGAUGAUGAGGAGGUAUUCUUCGUCGUCGUCGGAUGAGGAGGAUUCCGAUGACGACGGAGGGAGGAGGAGGAGGAUGAUAGAACCGCCGCAUUUGAUAAUAGGAAGGAGGGUGGAAGGAGGACAAAUGGCGUUUUCCGUUUGUACAGGUAACGGAAGAACUCUUAAAGGACGAGAUCUCAGCCGUGUUCGUAACUCCGUUCUCAGGUUAACCGGUUUUUUGGAAGCUUGAUCGGACCGAACCCGGUUUUAUUUUUCGAUAUUCCAUAUUUUUUUUGUUUUGUUUUUUUAGUUGAAGUAAUCAGCGAUUCUCGUAAUUGUUUUGUCUUUUUAGGGGGGUGUUAUUCAACCUUGUAUUUUAAUUGAUUUGGAUGUAUUUCAAAAU